CUCGCACUUUAAGUUUCUGCAGGGAGAGCCGAGAUUGUGCCAAGCUACCGAACGCUGGGCACUGAAAGUCGCUAGCUGCAACCUCCCCGAGUGGAGCGCUUUGCCAGAUUGUCAGCAUUUCAAGCAGGCGUUCCCUUUUGGAACUCAUCUGGCUAUCAAAACCCGUCCCAAUGGACGACACAGUGCUUGAGCCCACGCUGCAGAACGUUCUGGAUCAAACCAGUUUGAAAUGGAUCUUCUGCGGCGGGAAGGGGGGUGUGGGGAAGACAACAACCAGCUGCUCUUUGGCGACUCUUUUAGCAGCUGUCAGGGAAAGAGUGCUCAUCAUCUCAACUGACCCGGCUCAUAAUCUGAGCGACGCAUUCCGGCAAAAGUUCACAAAGAGCCCGACGCUUGUCGAGGGGUUCAAGAACCUGUAUGCAAUGGAGGUCGACCCGACAGUCGAGGUGGACGAUCUGCAGAUCGAGGGCCUCGGGGGCGGCAUGUUCUCUGACCUUGCAAACUCAAUUCCUGGAAUCGACGAGGCAAUGAGCUUCGCCGAGAUGCUGAAGCUGGUCCAGAACAUGGACUAUUCGUGCAUCGUGUUUGACACCGCCCCCACCGGCCACACCCUGCGGCUGCUCCAGUUCCCGUCCACAAUAGAAAAGGGUCUAGGCAAGAUGGCUAGUUUCAAAAGCAAGUUUGGAGGCAUCAUUAACCAGGCCACCCGGAUGUUCGGUGCCGGGGAGGAGUUUGGGGCGGACCAGAUGAUGGAGAAGCUGGACACGAUGAAAGCGCUCAUCGAGAACGUGAACGCGCAGUUCAAAAACCCGGUUGACGGUGUUUCGUCCGUGUCCAGUCUCGAGUACUGCUGCCCUAAGAAGCAAAGAACGCAGACUGGAAGAGAACCAGAUGAAUCCGAAUAUGAAGCCUUCCUUUCUCCGCAGGCAUUGACGACGUUUGUUUGCGUAUGCAUCCCCCCGUUUCUGGAGUUGACGACGUUUGUUUGCGUGUGCAUCCCCGAGUUUCUGUCGCUAUAUGAGACGGAGCGGCUGGUCCAGGAGCUGGCCAAGUUCGAAAUGGACACACGGAACAUUGUGAUCAACCAAGUGCUCUUCCAGGAAGAAGUGCGGGGAUCUAAACUGCUGCAAGCGCGCCUGAGGAUGCAACAGAAAUACUUGGACCAAUUCUACGACUUAUACGAGGACUUCCACAUCAGCAAACUCCCGUUGCUUCCCGAAGAGGUAAGGGGCGUACCGGCUCUAAAAGCCUUCUCACAAAACCUAGUCAAGCCGUAUUCCCCCGCUGAGGAGUCCUCACCAGAGGACACAACAACGAGAUCGGUGGAUGGAAGCGUUGACUUGAAGGCGGAGGUUCAGCGCCUUGAGCGAAGAGUAGAAGAACUAGAGGCGGAGCUUGCCGUGCUGCGAAAGGGUAAAAGCAAGGUCAUGGACGUUGAUUGACGCAAACGAAGUACGGUGGCCUAGGUAUUCGGUUAGAAUAAGAAGGCAUCUUCCGUUGCACGCAUUAUUUUAUAGAAUCCAUGAUUUAGGAAAUACGCUUUAGUGAACAGAAUGAUGUCCACGUGCAGCAUGCACUUUACAUGGUUGACUGGGCGGCCGCGCCGCAAGCUACUGUACCAUGUGGCCAAUGCUAUGAAAGUUCGACGUCCGUGAUUGUUA